UUUAGUUCUUCAAGCGAUCCUCCUUCGGAUAAUAUGUCACGCAUUGCAUUCUUGGAACAGUAUUCUCCUGUGGCGAGCAAAUCGAUUAACAACUCUUCGAGCCUCAAUGAAACUAAAGAAGGAACGCCAAAUUUAAGUACAGCUGAGAGAAACUUAAAGGUCGUGUUCUACUGCUGCUUUUUUCUUCUCGGCUCUCUAGGAAAUGCAAUGGUCAUUGUGGUAUUAAAAGGAAAGCGAAAACGAACCAUAAAUGAUUAUUUCAUUUUAAACUUGGCAGUAGCAGACUUAACUUUCUUGUGGCUUUCGCUUCCUUUCUAUACGUACGAGCUUUUUCAGCCGUUUAACAAGAAUUCAUUGUACUGCAAAUUGAUUUGGCCAAUGAUGUCACUAACUCUGUCUGUCAGUAUUUUCACCUUGUCUUCCAUGGCAAUCGAACGGUGUCGAGGGAUCACAAAUCCUUUGCAACCAAGAAUCAAGCUGCAAGCCACAUUAAUUUGGAUUAUUCUUAUAUGGAUCUUCGCCUUCUCUACGAUUGUUCCGUUAAUGAUCGUGGCGCGGCCGGAAGGUGUGUUCUGUGCCGAGAAUUGGCUGAAAAACUACUACCGUCAGACCUACACUGCAGUUCUCUUCGCUCUUCAAUAUGGCAUCCCUUUGUUUGUAAUCGUCAUAGCCUACUUAAAAAUCACUAUUUGUCUAAUCAAGUCUCGGUUGCCGAUGCUAACGACAAUCAACUCUAAAGGAGAGGUUAUCAGGCACAAAACAAGAGGUGAAAAUGUCCAGAUAAUCCGAACACUGGCUGUUAUUGUAAUUUUGUUCAUGGCCUGCAUGCUUCCAAAUCAAAUCGCCUGGUUGCUGUUUGACUUUGGCGGUGACUCGUACAAGGAACUGUCAGAGGCAUUUUGGACCUGCGCAGAAGCGUUAAUGUACUUACACGCAUGUGUAAACUCAAUUGUGUACGGUUCUCUUACUCGCCAGUUUCGUCGAGGAUACAUCCGAUUCUUCCGCUACGUUUUUUGUUUCGGUAAAGCGAAUGUUGAUGACUCAACUGGUGUUUCUGAAAACCAAACACGAGACAGACAUUCGCGACCAAAGCGAAAAGCUGGCGUACUUUAUGGCUCUCUUAGAUUCAGAAAAUUCAGCGAAAAUACUAAAACGACGCGCUUGAUAGUGAAUUCCUCUCCCAUUAUGUCCACAAGUGAAGAAAGUAUCAACCGAUCAGCGAGCCCAUCGCCUGGCUCUUCCCCAGUCCCUGGUUCAGCUAGUAUAGAGAUGUUAUUAAGGAGGACCCAGGCAAAGGAAACUCUGUUGACAUUGUCAUUUACUAACCCGGGUAUUGAAACGUCUGAUGACGAUGGUUGCCAAGAAACAAAACUGUAAUCUAUAGCUUAGACUACAAGUGAACUGCUCUCCCAGCAAAAGAAGCUAUAAAAUGCAUUUAUAACCGUCUUUCAAAAAAGCUUGAGAUUUCGUUAAAGCAGCAAACCAAGUAGAGAUUUCCUCAUCCAGGGAUGAUUUCUUUGAAUAGCUAGCAGGAGGAAACAGGAGUUAUGCAACGCCUUGAUUUCCUCGGAACGUAAAUCGAGUGAGAUCUGAGAGUUUCGAUGGUCACCUUUCGUUUCAUCAAUGCUAGUACUAGAUAAGAACACCACCGCUUUUGAAAAGGUUAAAUAUAAAGACAGUCGUUAGGGAAUAGAAAAUUUUUUUGUUCUCUCUUUUAUCAGUCAAGGCCACUGAAAGACAU